AUGUUGACUAAAGAUGUGGCUGAUAUGAAGCAUUUUAUGGCCUUGGUUGAUGAUGAUGAUGAUGAUGAUGAUGAUGAUAUGGUUAUUGAUGACAUCCCAUCAAGCUCACUAGGUGAUAAUCCUCCUCUAGAUCCACCUCCAUCAUCCAAUUUUCCUCCACCAUCUCAUCUUCCUCCUCGCACUCCUUCACCACCUCCUGGUUCUCCUCCCCAAUAUGAUGCUACUAAAAAGGGGGAGACUAAUCAAGAGAGACUUCAUCAACAAAUCCAAAUAUUAGUGAAUGAUUCCUUCAAACAUAACAUCAGGAGUUAUCGAUACAAGUUUAACAAUUUUUACCAAUGA